UGCAUUUGGCCGUCGUGGCUCCUCCGCUCACAUCCGCUUGACUCGCUAUCGUGCUGGAAAAAGGACUUUGAGAAACUGCAGCGAUGUCAGUCCAGGUUGUGGCAGCGAAAAUGGCAGAGGUCGAACUCAAAGACGUCCCCACCGGCAAAGACCUGCCGGCUGAAUCCCCGGUGACACCCACGUCGGAAGGCAAGAACCUCCCCAGAAACGACCCGCACGAGGCCGGUUCCGCGGCUGCCGUGUCCCCUAUCGCGGAGCCUUCCGCGAAAGCCGGGGAAGGAGGCACGGGCUUGCUCACCCCAAACCCGGCGAAGAUGCCUCAAGCGUCGUCUAUGAAACGCUCGGACCCGCAGCAGAACGGCGGGGAGGCGUUUGUCAACCGGGACGGAACCGUUGCCGAGGCUCCUCGCAUGAAAAAGAUCCAGUUUGCAGACCAGAAACAGGAGUUCAACAAGCGUCCCUCCAAGAUCGGACGGCGCUCUCUGUCCCGCUCCAUCUCCCAGUCCUCCACAGACAGCUACAGCUCAGCGGCAUCAUACACGGACAGCUCUGAUGACGAGACAUCUCCUCGUGACAAACAGCAGAAAAACUCCAAGGGCAACGGCGACUUCUGCAUCAAAAACAUCAAACAGGCCGACUUCGGCCGCAGAGAGAUCGAGAUAGCUGAGCAAGAGAUGCCAGCACUGAUGGCUCUGAGGAAGCGAGCCCAGGGGGAAAAACCCCUCGCUGGUGCCAAGAUUGUGGGCUGCACCCACAUCACUGCCCAGACUGCUGUGCUGAUGGAGACUCUGUCAGCUCUGGGCGCUCAGUGCAGAUGGGCAGCAUGCAACAUCUACUCCACCCAGAAUGAGGUGGCAGCUGCCCUGGCAGAGGGAGGUUUCAGUGUAUUUGCGUGGAAGGGAGAAUCAGAGGACGACUUCUGGUGGUGCAUCGACCGCUGUGUCAAUGUGGAAGGCUGGCAGCCCAACAUGAUCUUGGAUGACGGUGGUGACCUGACUCACUGGAUUUAUAAAAAAUAUCCCAGCAUGUUCAAGAAGAUCAAGGGCAUAGUAGAGGAGAGCGUUACUGGUGUGCACAGGUUAUAUCAGCUGUCCAAGGCCGGGAAACUCUGCGUUCCAGCCAUGAAUGUCAACGAUUCAGUCACCAAGCAGAAAUUUGACAACCUGUACUGCUGCAGAGAGUCCAUCUUAGACGGCCUGAAGAGGACUACUGACGUCAUGUUUGGAGGCAAACAGGUGGUGGUGUGUGGAUAUGGAGAGGUUGGAAAAGGCUGCUGCGCUGCCCUCAAAGCAAUGGGCUCCAUCGUCUACGUCACAGAGAUCGACCCCAUCUGUGCCUUGCAGGCCUGCAUGGACGGCUUCAGGCUGGUGAAACUCACCGAAGUCAUCAGACAAGUGGAUAUCGUCAUUACCUGCACAGGCAAUAAGAACGUUGUGGUGAGAGAGAACCUCGACCGCAUGAAGAACGGCUGCAUCGUCUGCAACAUGGGACAUUCCAACACUGAGAUCGAUGUGGCAAGUCUGCGGACUCCUGAACUCACCUGGGAGAGAGUGCGCUCUCAGGUGGACCACGUAAUCUGGCCUGAUGGAAAGAGGAUAGUCUUGCUGGCAGAGGGUCGUCUGCUGAACCUCAGCUGUUCCACUGUGCCCACUUUCGUUCUCUCAAUCACUGCCACCACUCAGGCACUGGCACUGAUAGAGCUCUACAAUGCCCCUGAAGGACGGUACAAACAGGAUGUUUACCUGCUGCCCAAGAAGAUGGAUGAGUAUGUGGCCAGCCUGCAUCUCCCAACAUUUGAUGCGCAUCUUACAGAGCUGAGCGACGAGCAGGCCAAGUACCUGGGCUUAAACAAGAACGGGCCCUUUAAGCCAAAUUACUAUAGGUAUUAGCCAAGUGUUGUGGGAAGAAGAACUCCGUGAAUCAUACAGACUGGUAGCGGAGGACAGGAGGGAGGACAAUACACCUGCUUUAUAUGUAAGGGAGAAGGGGGCGGAGCUCUGAACGAGCCUGCAGGGUGGGGGUGGGGAGGGGCGUGGCUUUCCCUGCUUAUGGCAGUCGUUUUAUUUAUCCCCCGCCUGAUAACAGUAAUAAUAACAAUAAUAACAUUAACUACACCUCGGAGCUGCUCCUGCCAUUCACCUCGAGCUAGCUCCCAAACCCCGUCUCCCGCUCACUCGUCAUUUCAUCAUUUCCACCCGGUCCUCUUCAGACGCUCAUUUGUAUGUCGAGUCGUAUGUAAACCUCCAUCCUCCCUUCCACGUUGCCAGAUCUUUUAUCGUUUAUCUGUUAAAUAUGAAAUUACUGAAGCUAAAGAUAUAUACUAUAUUAAAAAAAAAUCUUGAUUUAAAAAAAACAAAAAAAACUGUGUGAAUGAAGACCACCUUUGAAGAUUUAUCUUGUGUCGGACAAUUUUUCCUGUCCCUUAUUUUUGUCGUCUUUUCUUUUCUACUUGUGAUUUUUUUUUUCUUCUCUUUUUUUGUGUAUUAUUGGGGUGGGACGGGUGGGGCUAGACUGAGGGUUUAGGCGGGGGUCUCAGGGUCCAAUCAUAUCGUUUUAUUUGAUUGCGAAUUGUCUGUUUUUAAGUUGUUUUUUUUUUAGUACGCUCUUAUGUCACUACGGGUCACCCUGUAGUUUUUCUUUCUUCCUUUGUUUUUUAAAACGUGACUGGAGGGUGACCCCCGCCAGCCCCUCACCCAAACACCUGUCACUCAAACCCACAGUGAAACCAUCUCAUUCGCUGCUCUUCUUUCUCACCCGCUCUAGCGACGCCAGUGUUGAAGUAAUGAAAAGUAUUUUUAUUUGGUCCUUCACUUAAACAAGAAUACUGUAGUAAAAGCAUGGCAGGCUUUUGGAUCAUCACGAGGGUAUACUGUGUAUUUAGAUGUUUAUAAAGAAAAGAUUUUUCUAUCUUUCGUUUAUUUCCUCUCCUCUAAUAUCAUUGCAGUAUAAUGUUCUAAUGAUGCGUGUAAUAAAUAUACUCGAACUCUCGUUUUAAAUACUGUGAGAAAAUAUUUACAGAAAUACCAAACAGCAGCCACCCUGGUACGUAAAGGAGCAGCUCACCUCAAAAAUCAAAUGUAGUUAGUUAGUUUGUUUGUUUUCUUUCAAAUGUAGGUUGUAGCUUUGUUUGGAUCUGCCUUCUCUUGAACGUCAUGGAACUAAAAAGCAUUACCUUCUCUUCUAGUUCUUGGAGCAUUAAAAAAAAUCGAUCUGAAACUAGGUAGCAGUAUCACUUUUGCAAAAUUAUGCUCCGGCUAUUCAAGAUAAAGGAACAAAACUCCACCCAAAUAUUGUGAGCAGCUUCAUGUAGGAACUGUUUCCUUCCUGCUGAAUUACAACAACCCUCUCACUCAUAACGCUUAUUUUUGUGACAGGGUGUGAACACUAAUGGGUGUCCCCCGUCCCCUGAGCUGUUUGUUUGGCUGAUGUAGACAGAAAAAAGAAAAUAGUUCCUACAUGAAACCUCCAAUAACAAGAUGAGAUUUUUACCCACACCCUGCUGGGCAGGCGGCGUAGACACCCAGGUUUGUGAAUGUGAUAACUCGAGAAUGAAACGAUGUAUGAUUUUUAACUUGAUACCAUAGUUGCAUCUACUAGAAGGCCAACAGUAUUUUUGAGUUACCGCUUUAAGCAAAACCCCACUUACGUCCAUUAUAUUUAAGAGAAGGCAGACGCCUCUACAGCAUACAUCUCUAUCUGUGCAGUGUACAUUGUGGAUAAAAUAACACUAAAUGCCAGGAAAAUCUAUUUAAUAAAUGACUGUGAGGUGAGCUGUCCCAUUAAGCAGAUUUCUUCUGUCAGGUCCUCAGUAAAACACAUGGUGCUGUUAAGAAUUACUGUAUUUGCCAUAAUCAGAUGACACAACUCUUUGGUACUCACAGAUGAGUUGAGCUUACAAAUGAAAGACGGCACGCACACGACAUCUCUGACGUGCACUAGCCUUUCAGGUCCAUUUCCGCCUUUUCUCCCACCCGGAAGGCGCUUUCUUUCUUUGUCUGUCUUUCUUAUGGCUGUAAUGAGCUGCACAGUCGCCAUCCACUGCAGCUCGUCCCCAGCUGAGCUGACAUUUGAAAUUAGAAAAGCCCUGACAGUGAUUUCACCUGAAAUGUACCCCGCUGCCACACCGGCUCUGCACCUGAACCGAUCACAAUCUCUUCUGGCGUGCUGCGAGACGCCGCCAGCUCUGCUUUCACACACUAGGAUCAAACGCACACAGAGUGGCUCAUUACCCAAGUCUGAAAGUUUACUGUAUCGUACUAGAUAUGAAAGGUAACAGUAAAAGUUUUAUUUUUUGAAAAGGUGGGAGUGGCACAAAAAAACUUUGUUUACCAGUUGAAUAAGUAUGCUUUUGCAGGUCAGUUUAAUCAAGUAGUUCAGGAUUUAUUUUGAAGGGUUCCUGAGAGGGCUUGUACUACCUAUUUGACAAGGUUUCACGCAUCUGUUGAAAUUUUGGUCAAAUAAAUAAAUAAAACUGUUCCUUUUUUGUUUUAGGCAAAAAUAAGAACAAUAUGGGAACCCUUUAGUCAAACUCCUAUACUGAGUCCCUUUCAUCCGUCUCUUCAUGUUGUUGACUGCUUGUCUGUAGUACUUAAACCUUUUGUCUUAAGUCUUUUUUCUUCCUUUUGUGCGCGCGUGUGUGAACGAGCGUGAUGACGACGACGACGGUGCACAUCUAAAUGUCUCUCUGUAUUUGUAAGCAUCCUUUCUGUUUUGUAGGCCAUAGUUGCUUUGUUACCAGCUGCCUCAGGAUCCUAGCCUGUGUGUUAGGGGUGGAGAAACCGUUUUGUUUUUCCGUCAGCGCUCUGCUGACCGGGUAGGCGGGGGAAGACACCAGCAUCAUAGAUGUAUAUACAUACUAUAUGCAGAUAUGACAACCUUUAAAAGUAUAGGAAGGUAAAAGAAGAAUUGACACCUGUAUUUAUUGUUGUAAAUCCUCAUACUGUUCAAACUGACAAAAAUUCAACAUGUUUUAAGUUGUCUAAUAAAGAAAAAAUAAACCCUAUGUUUAAAUAUUGCAAGUGAUAAUGUUAGAUGAUGAGCAAUAAUGACAAAAUUCUGUAAUCUGAAUGAAUAAAAAAAUGGGGAAAAAAAGUUA